CUUCCAGCCAUCCUAGUCCCAGUCCUCAAAUUAUCGUUCAACUGAUGUAUUUCUGAAUUCUAUCAUUUCGACCACACAGUUAAGGUACGGUAGGUAUGCUCGCAGCAAACUGCAGUAUCCUCCAGUGUCGUUCCUUCUCAACUUAUACAACACGUGAUGCAACCACACAGGCGAUCAUGAACACUUUCAACUUCUCAUCCAAGGCAUAUUUUAAGAUUUUAAGAUUCAGGUUUGAAUUGCGGUGGCACUGUCACUCCUUCAGGGCCUAUACGCGGAUAUGGAAGGGGAAGAUCAAAGCCCGACGACAGCGCACCCGCUGGAAUUGAUCUUCAGUUGCUCAAUCUGCAACAAAACCCUCACGGAAGUGUACGAGGCGAUUGAUGCGCAACGGGAUGGAUCGGUGAAUCCAGCCUACGAUAUUGCAACGAAGUUAUGGUUUACGGAAUGCGCGCAUAUCACAUGUAGCGAGCAUCUUGAGGGCGGAGGUGCGCCUUUUCAUCGUGAUGGUGAAGCUCCUGUCGCUCCUUGCCCUUUCUGCUCAGCCCAUCGCAACGACAGUACGGGAAAGAAGUUGUUCGGGGUGAAAGGGGCACGAGACGGCCAGUACGACAAGCGGAUCCCGAAAGUCUUCUUCCAGUUACCUCCUGUCAAACUCCCUAAUGACGAUACUGAGAUGCACGCAUUGAAUUUCCACUAUGGAGCACUCAUUCGGUUCGGAUCAUCCGCUCUUACGAGUCUCAAGGACCUGCAGUCGAGCUUAGUCUCUGCGAAGAGUAAUUAUGCGGCUCUUGAAAUCGCCCACUUAAAACUUAGAACGGAACACGGAAAGUUGAAGUCCAGAAUGGCCUACCUGGACCAACGCGAGAAGGAGAUCCGAUCUUGGAAGGAGAAAGAAACGACGAUUAAGAACUACCUCACGCAGUUCCCAGACAUCGUCGAACAAAAUGGAAUGUUGAAGGCCCAGCUUCUCCGCCUUGGCGUGAUGCCAGCAGAAUUGACCAGCAACAGCAAUGAAAAUUGUCUUCGAGGCCAAUUCCCGCAUACAAAAUAUAGGCAAGAGGAGAACUUAUCGACCGCCAUAAAGCAAGGAUCUGCCGAAGAAACUGGAAUGUCUACGCUCACGGAUCCAGCAACGAGCUCCAGUGCAACAUUACCAGCGACCAAUCCAGUUCAUCUACUCAAGCGACCUGUCAGUCGAUUUGCUCAUCCUAUUACACACCAAUCUCAUAAGAAGAGACGACUAGAGGAUGAGGAACUCGAUGAGACCAUGAGGCACCCUCUAUCAAGAAACUCGAGAACAUUCAGUCGAGAUAUGAUGCCUCCACCUCCUGUUCCGCCUCAACAUCAACCACCCAACGAGAUCAGAGCAUCACAUCCGAAAUCCGGGUACCAGGGCCACGAGGAAAACGCUCUCGGGGAAACCUACCCGCCUCAAACAGCUCGUCCUCGACCGGGCACGAUGACCCUAGCCGAGCAUCUAUCACAGUCUAGCAGGCCAAACAGUCGCCUCAGUUCAUUCGCUUAUGCCACGAAAGAACAAGCUAUUGUUUCCCCGGGGGCAUUUUCCGGGAGCGCUACGCUACACCUACCUCAUAGUCGUCAUUCCAGUCGCCCAUCGCCUGCAGACUCGGGCUAUUCCAGCGGUCGACAUGUUCGAGAAUCGGUAAGUGACGGGCUACGAGAUGUGCUGUCUCCAAGCACUCGUAUCUCCGUUUCAUCUAGGGGUGUCAGGAGUUUCAAUCAUCACUAUCAAGAUUCAAGACCGCUUGCAAACUCCGGCAUCGUGACCCCACGGUUGCAAUCGAGCCAGAUACAACGCUAUAGUAAAGUUCCACAGACACCAUCACGACUGCGUCCUCACGGUUUAGUAUCAAUAUCUGGGACACCGAGAUACCCUCAAAGCAGGGAAUUCUUCAACCAACCCAGGCCAGCUCCAAGAUUUCAGCCACCACUUGUGAGACCAAGUCGGCCAAGCUCCAUGCAACUGCCUCCACAUAUACCCAGCCAGCUCGUCUCAUCCGCGAAUGCCUUAUCCUUCAUCUCAGAACCCGUACUAGACAACCACGUCGAUCAAGUCCCCGACCACUUCUCCUUCCAAAGCACACCACGAUCUUACCUGGGCAGCCUCAACAUUCAAGAAACACGUCAAAUCCCUUCACGAUCAGUGGUCACUCGUGGCAACACCCUUCCAUUUACUCGGGCUGCCCCGCUUCCUUCGACGAUGCCGCAGGCGACGAUGACGCCGUUCAAGUCGGCCGGACGCAUGUCCUCGAUCUCGUCGGCGUCCAAUUCACGACGCUACAGCACCUCCGCGAGAGCGGGGGGCGAGUUUCACUUCGCUCGCCGGAUGCCAGCGGAUGGAUCGUUUGGGGUGAGUUCGGGUCGGCGACUCUACUGAGUGGGGACAAGGUUUUGGCAGUCGACAUGCUGUGUCGGGGGAUUAUGGUGGGUGGUGGUGGAAUAUUAGCUACACGUUGAGGGUACGUGGUACGAGUCGAAAAGGAGUUGCCUUCGUUGAUGGAGGCGUACAUGUAAUGUGCUUUAUAGUUGUGGAUUACACAGUUGAUAAUACCCGAUCUAUGCUCGGAAUAUGAAGUGGCGU